GCUCUGUACCAAACGAGGAGGCGAUUUGAUUGUGAAACCCUAAAGCGGAAGUAGACACCCUUCCCCUUCCGCCCCCCUCCAUAAUUGGGCUCGAAUGGUGGAAGUCGUCGUUGGAAACCCGACCCAAGUUGUCUCGGCUUUCUCACGCGACAAGUGUGCUUGCGACAUUUGGGGGGGGCUCCUCGGCGCAGGUAUCCGCGCGAGGCCGUUGUCGACCUCGGCUUUCUCAACCGCGCGCGCGAGCCCGUUAGCCCGCCGAAGCUAACCCGCGCGCGGCGGACACCUAUUCGGCUAGCCCGGGAGCUCUUUGGACGUCUAUCGGCAGGACCCGCUGAGGCAUGUGGAGAGUGACUUUGGAGGCGUUCGGCGUUCUUCUGCUGGCCUUCCUGUUGGGGAAUGUCGCUUUAGCUUGGUUUCAGCUCAGCAAGCCCCGGACGGAGACCGAGACCGAGACGGGGGGGACGCGGGCGAGCGCGGAGCCCCAGGAGCAGAGCUGCUUUUGCCAUCUGACGGGGGUGCUGGACGACUGUUUCUGCGAUGUGGAGAGCAUCGACGUCUUCAACAAUUUCAAACUUUACCCUCGCAUCAAGAAGCUGACGGAGCGCGACUACUUCCGCUACUACAAGGUCAACCUCAAGCGAGCGUGUCCCUUCUGGCCCGACGACGGCCACUGCGCCAUCAAAGACUGCCACGUGGAGUCCUGUCCCGAGAGUCAGGUUCCUGCGGGCAUCAAGUCUGGGAAUUACAACAAGUAUUCGCAGGGCGGCGCCGCCGGCGUGCGCGACGUGAGCGAGUGUCAGCAGGCGCAAGAGCUGGGGGCCAUCAACAGCACGCUCAGGUCACACACACACACACACACACACACACACACGUCGCAGAUGCGACAAAAGGGCGCCGUUCGUGACGGUUCGUCGGCGCGUUUUUCCCCAGAUGAGUCGUCCCCGGACGCCGAAUACGUGGACCUGCUCCUCAACCCGGAACGCUACACGGGAUACAAAGGCCCGUCGGCGUGGAGGGUCUGGAACAGCAUUUACGAGGAGAACUGCUUCAAGCCCAGGUCCGUGUACCGACCUCUGAACCCUCUGGUCCCCAGCGGAGGAGACGACGGCGAGGGCUUCUACAAGUGGCUGGAAGGUUUGUGUUUGGAGAAGCGGGUCUUCUACCGCCUGAUCUCGGGCCUCCACAGCAGCAUCAACAUCCACCUGUGCGCCGAGUACCUGCUGGACGAGGGUUGGGGCAGGUCGCUGUGGGGUCCCAACGCCGAGGAGUUCCGCUGGCGUUUCGACCGGGCCGAGACCAAAGGCGAGGGCACGCGGCGCCUGAAGAACUUGUACUUCCUGUACCUGAUGGAGCUGCGGGCGCUCUCCAAGGUGGCGCCGUACUUCGAGCGCGCCGCGGUGGACUUGUACACGGGGAACGGGCGCGAGGACGCCGACACCAAAGAGCUGCUGCUGCAAGUCUUCGGCGAGAUCAAGAUGUUCCCCCUGCACUUCGACGACAACGCCGCGGCCGUCAUUUUUUUUUUUGUGUGUGUGCGCGCGCAGGAGGAGUUCCGCCUUCACUUCAAGAACAUCUCCCGCAUCAUGGAUUGCGUGGGCUGCAGCAAAUGCCGACUGUGGGGAAAACUGCAGACCCAAGGCCUGGGCACGGCCCUGAAGAUCCUGUUCUCGGAAAGACGGAUCAAGAACCUUCCGGAACGUUCGGCCUCCAAAGGCUUCCAGCUCACUCGCCAGGAAGUCGUCGCCUUGAUCAAUGGCUUUGCCAGGCUGUCGUCCAGUAUCUAUGAGCUGCACAACUUCCGGCUGCUGCUGAAGGAGAGCGGCAGGUAGCUGACGAGGCCCCGCCCCCUUCCUCAAGGUCGGGACUCAAAAUGGACGUGCGUGCGUGCGUGCGUGCGUGAGGGAGGGA